UCAACGGCUAAACUUUGGUAACUGAGGUUCUUUAAUUAAUGGUUCUACACCCUUAAAAACGCUGCUUCAAAAGUAAAACACAUUGUACUGACUCAAAAGGGGAUAAAUGAGAAUCCUGCAAUGAUCAGUUGGGUCCUGCUUUGUUUUGCCGUGUUUUCUGUUUUCGGUAUUACUUCCAGUGUUGAAGUGACGAGUGGUCAGCAGUUUCCUGGUAACAUCACCCUCGGUGGUCUCUUUGUCGUUCACCAGACGACUGAUGAUGGCGCAUGCGGCGAACUUUACCCGCAAGGACUUGGUAAUGCAGAAGCAAUGAUUUUCGCUAUUGAGGAGAUAAACAGAAAUCAUAGCCUGCUUCCAACCAUAACGCUGGGAUAUGACAUACGUGACUACUGUGAAAGCCCUGAAAAGGCAAUGAGGCAAACGUACGAUUUUGUCCGGGGAAACGACGCCAGAUGUGCUUUUCCACAUGUAGAAAACAAGACCAUAGAGAAAACAAAGCCGAUUGCAGCAGUUAUUGGUCCAUCAGACUCAGGAAGUGCUGUUCUGGUUGGUAGCCUUUUGCAAGUGGGAGGAAUUCCCGUCAUCAGUCACUCAGCAACUAGCAAUGAGUUGAGCUCAAAGCAAUACCAUCAUUUUUUCCGCACUGCUUCCCCAGAUGGACAACAGGUGAGUGCUGUUGCUGAUGUUCUACAGUAUUUUAACUGGAGCUAUGUAGCUGCCGUGGCAAUGGAUGAUUCAUAUGGUAAAAACGGCAUGAGAAGUCUGGAACUUGAGGCUGAAAAUAGGAGCACGUUUUGCCUUUCUUUUGCUGAAUUUAUUCCACGGAAGGAAUAUAAUACAACAAUAAAAAGAAUUGUAAGGAAGCUGAAGGACUUCCCAAACAUUGGCGUCGUAGUCCUUUGGGUUUUUGGCAGUUAUGGCCGUCAUUUUCUAGAGGAAGCAGCAAAACAGAAACUGUUUAAUCGCACCUGGAUUCUUAGUGAUGGUUUAGCCACACAAGAUGAUUUGUUCAAGGGCCUAAAAACUGAAGACCAAGUAAUUCUUCAUGGGUCAUUCGGUAUUCAGCCUCCAUAUGUUGACAUGAACAGUAGCAAUUUCAGCAACUUCCUGAUCGAAAGAUCGACUUCGUUAACCAAUUUUUCAUGGUGGAAGGAAUUUUGGCUGUCGGAGGACAACAAAGACUGUUUCAAAAUGAAGAAUACAGAAAAGCAAUGCAAGGAAAUAGUCUUCCACAGAUUAUGCGAGACCUACACUCCCUAUGUGGUGGAUGCCGUAUAUGCUAUUGCCCACGCCCUUCACAGCAUGAAAAACUGCUCUGCAUCACAGUGUAAGAAUCUUGGAGAUCACAACAUUCCAAUGAAUACAAAGGAUCUCCAGAGAUAUCUUCGUUUUGUUAAGUUUUCAGGAUUAACUGGUGAGGUCAGCUUUGAUCAUUUGGGAGACCCUGUAUCAUCGUCAUACGAAAUUGUCCAUUUUCAGGUUACUAACAUAUCAAAUCCAGAAAAGCUGAUCAUUGGCUCGUGGUUAAAAAGCCGCAAGCCAAGACUUCACUUGAACCUUAGCAAGGUCAAGUGGAAUUCCAUGACUAACGGUUUUUUUCCGAAGUCAUUCUGCCAUGAGGAUUGCCCUGUAGGCACAAGUCGGUCAAUGACCACACCCUGUUGUUGGAAGUGCCUCAGAUGUCCAGAUGGAGCAAUUAGCGCACGAAUAAACGAGGAAAACUGCACCGAGUGCCCUCGAGGACAGUUACCCAAUGAAGAGAGGUCAAAAUGCUUGGAUCUUCCAGAAGUAGAAUUCAGAUGGUCAAGCGUCGCGUCAGUCCUUGUGAUUCUCUUCAGCACAAUUGGAUUUCUUUUCAUUGCCAGUUGCAGUUUCAUCUUUCAUAAACAUCGAAAGACUCCACUAGUCAAAGCAGCUAAUCGCGAGCUAAGUGCAAUCCUUAUGUUAACAAUCACGAUGUCAUUUUUAGCAUCGAUUUUAACUCUUGCCAAGCCAACAGACUUUGUGUGUGGUUUGAUUUACUGCUGGCGGGCUAUGGUCCUAGUUAUGUUCAUCUCCGUCCUGAUAAUCAAGACCAUGAAGAUUCUCAGCGCAUUUCACAUAAACGUUGUGGCGGAGAAGUUCAAAAAGUUCAUUUUAGUUACAAAAAAACAAACAGUAAUCGUUCUGGCGCUUCUUUUUCCACCCACUGCACUCUUUUUCUUAUGGAUUGCAUUGGAUUCACCGCAUCAAAGACGAAUCAUUCAGAUAAACGAAGGUACAUCUCUUUUUACGUGUUCCUUACAUCGGUCAACAGUUGGAAUGAGUUUUCAAAUCAUCAUCUCUCUAUAUACGUCCCUUCUUGCAGCGACUUGUACAUACUACGCUUUCAAAGCUAGAACACUUCCUGAAAACUUUAACGAAGCCAGAUAUAUUGGAUUUUCUAUGUACAUUUUACUCCUUUCCUCGGUGGCAUAUUUGCCGAUUGACAUCGGACUUACAGGUGUCUACGCAACAAACUUGACAUGCGCAUUGAUACUUGUGGCUUCUUACGGACUAUUAACCUGCAUGUUUGGGCCGAAGAUCUACGCAAUUCUAAUCACGCCUGAGCAAAAUACACAUCAUGCUGUAAGUUCACAAGUGUCGCAUUAUUCGUUUGGACUUUUUCGAAAGGGCAAUACUGGCAUUGCACCUGUGAAGUCAGAUGCAACAUACAACCAACAAAACAUGCAACGGGAAUUUUCCUCGACAACUCAAGUAACUACCUAGAGAGGUAUUCUAAGAUCUUCAAUAUUGUCCGAAAAAAGUGUUCAAGGACUUGAAGGAUCACACUAAACGAUAGAUAUGAUUUUCUAUAAAGUCAACAAUCAUUCACAAGGCGCGAAGUAUUUACCACAUUGUGCAACUAGAAAUAAUUUUAAGAAAACAUUUUGAGCCAUCUUAGUCUCGACAUGGGGAGACAAACCCAGAGGAGUUAGGCGGCGAUAUUUUUGGCUGUUUUCAUUUCUACUAAAAAAUUUAGUAAACUUAAAAAUAAAAUUGUUUGCUAGUACUUACAUACACCGACGAUGAGCAAUUUUGAAUUAAGUGUUGAAAUAAAUCCGGGAUUCCUUCA